AUGCAUAAUUCACGUCAUGCCAUUAAUACAAAACAACUUCCCUAUGAUCCAAAUCGUUUAUUACCUGACGAUACAAAUAUUCUUAUACUCGAUGAAGAUGGUAAUCUUAGUCGACGUUCAACGGAUAGUUUUCCGAUAUCAUCAAUAAAUCGUCGUCAACAAUAUUCAAAUACUGAAAUAUCUGAUGAUGAUAGAAUGGAACCUGGCAUGAUGUCAACUGUUCGUGAAGAUGAGCCUUAUUCUGAAACAGCACCCAUAGCAAAUAAUCUUGUUGCUGGAAUACUUGAUGCAGAAACAGUUACAAAACAUAUUUCAAAAAUAGGUAAAAUAGCUGAUGCAUCAAGUAUUUCUUAUUUAACAUUGACACUACCUGGCUAUGGAUUACGUGAUAUAUCAAUUUUAAGUAACUAUACUCAUUUGCAAAGAAUUGAAUUACCAUACAAUAAUAUAUCUGAUUUAUCACCAUUGGAUAAUUUAAGUUAUUUACUUGAACUUGAUGUUUCAAAUAAUAAAAUUCGCAAAUUAUUUGAUUUCUGGCCACCGUGUAAUUUAAAAGAAGCUGAUUUUUCAUUCAACCUUAUUGAAGAAAUAAAAAAUGUUGACAAUUUUCAUUAUUUACAAAAACUUAUUCUCGAUAACAAUCAAAUAUCGAGAAUCGAAGGUUUAAAGAAUUGUUAUCGUUUACAACAUUUAAGUCUUGCUCAUAAUCGUAUUAGUCACAUAGAAGAAUUAGAUGGUUUACCACUCAAAUAUUUAAAUUUAAGAUCAAAUCAAAUUCGAAAUAUUGACAAUCUUGAUUCACUUCAAUAUUUACAACAACUCAAUUUAUCAUGUAAUCAAUUGGAAUCUUUAACUGGUUUUCCUGAACGAUUAAAUUUUCUUGAAGUUCUCGAUCUUGCCGAUAAUCAAUUACAUAAUUUAUCCGAUAUUGAUCGCCUUAGCGAAUUUCAUCUUAUACGAGAUUUAAAUUUGCGUGGAAAUAAAAUUACUGAAAUUGAUGAUUAUCGUCUUUCGAUUAUAUUUAAAUUACAACAUUUAACUGUACUUGAUCGACGAAAAAUCGAUGCAGCUGAAAAGAUUGAAUCCAAACAAAUGUUUAAUCCAUCAUCGGAAUAUUUUGCAUCGAGAGAUCAUAUGACAAACGUUGUUUUUUCAUUUUUACAAGAUCAUCGAGUACAAGAGAGUACUUUACCGAAUAUUGAAACACCAUAUCCAAUGUUAAUUCUCUCCGGCCCAGAUGGUUGUGGUAGAAUUGAAUUAGCUCAUCGACUUGUUGAAGAAUUUAGUGAAUUUUUCGGUUACGGAAUUUUACACACAGCACGUGAAAAACGUCCUAAUGAAAAAGAUCGUGUCGAUUAUGUAUUUAUCAAACAAGAACAAUACGAAGAAGAUGUUACUAAAGGUGAAUUUUUAUGCUGCUAUGAAUAUUAUGGCGAUUGGAAUGGUCUUCAACGCUCAUCAAUUGAAAAUGUUGCACGAGAAGGUCUAGCAUGCGUCAUACAAAUUGAACUUGAAGGUCUUUUAUCAAUAAAACAAUCACAUUUUGAACCACGUUGUGUACUUCUGUUACCAAUGGAUCAACAAAUACAUAAACGUCGUUUACAAUUACAAGGUUAUGAAGAAGGUGAAAUAGCUAUGGCAUUAAAUCGUGUCGAACUUUAUACUGAAUAUAAUCGAACACAUCCAGGUUUUUUUGAUGCAUUUAUUUCAACAAAUAGUCUUGAAGAUGGUUAUGAACAAUUACGUGAUCUUGUUAUCAGUUAUUUAGGUUUAGAAGAUGAUCGACUUGAUGCACCACGACCUAAUACAUCCGAUGAAAUAAAACGUUUUGAUGAUUAUGAUAUUCAACGAUCAGAUUCAUUUUUACCGUCGACCAAUGCAACAGGUUGUCGUAAUUCAUCUCAUCCAUCGGUUGAUACGCCAAUAAUACCGGGAACCAAUGGAACAAGUCAAAAUAUUCGAUUGAAAUUUGGUGGAUCAGCACCACCAGCUAUGAUGUCAAACGAUUUUACGCUUCGUUUAUCAGCAAAAUCACGUAUAAAAGAUUUAUUUGAUGCUAAAACAGCUAAUAUUAAAAAUCAACUUCGACGACAAAUAUCUCGAACGGUUCCAAUUGCUACACGUAAAGAUAAUAGGAACGCAGUUGAUGGUCGAUCAAGUGACAAUCGUGGAACAAAAUCAGCACCAACCAAUGAUCCAACCAAGCAUAGUCCUGAUUCAAGUAUUGAUAAUAUACCAGAUCAAGAAGAUAUAUUACUACUUGAUCAAAAUUCAUACAAUGAUUUGCAAGGAGAUGUCGAAGAUAACAUGUCAGUUCGAAGUUGA